ACAAACUCGUUAUAGAGUUUCAGACUUUUGAGAACACAAACACUAUACGUCUCCGUCUGUUACUCUGAUUAGCUGCACAAUCACCAACUAACCCACUAAAGAAUCAUCAAUGGCGCACAAACCUUCUUCUUCUUCUCUGUGUGCGUCUCCAUCACUUAAAGUUUCUGAGGAAAUGGACCCUCAACAUGCUGAAGAGACCUUGCGCUUCUUCACCGUUAUGGGUGCCGCCACUCCUGUUCCAGAUCCCUGCAACGCGCGUGGAUUCUUCGACGAUUUCCUUCGCAGCUUCAUCACCGUUGAUCUCAUCCAACGGGGACGAAUCACUUGCACUAUCGUCUCCAAACCCCCUAUCUGUAAUGGAUAUGGAACACUCCAUGGAGGGGCCGUUGCGUCCUUGGUUGAUAUUUUAUCCCAUGCUUGUGCUAGAACUGUUGUUGCAGAGGACAAGGAGCUUUUCCUCGGAGAAACUAGCAUUUCUUACCUCUCUGCCACUCCAAUAGAUGAAGAAGUAGUAGCUAAUGCUUCAGUGGUGAAGAGUGGAAGAAAUUUGACUGUAGUUGCACUUGACUUCAAGCUCAAGAAAACUGGAAAUUCUGUCUAUAUUUGUCAUGCUACCUACUAUAACAUGCCAGCUUCUAGUCUAUGAUUAUGAACAUAUAGCUUUCAGGUGCAAGUGGCUCUAUAGAUUCAUAAUGUUCUACUUCCAUCUGUUAAUUCCAAUGGGGUUAUCCUCUUUUAGUGAUAAUUUACAAAACAAAUAUGAAAUAUUGUCAAACAUAUGUGGCAACCUAGAGUAGUGUAUUACACAUGAAAUUUUGUAUUAUAAAGUUUUCAACUUUGUUAUUAACUGAGAUGUAAGCACGUCAUUGUAAAGACCAUUCUAAUCAUGUCAAUAGUUUUUAAAUUUUA